UUCUUCUUCUUGCUUUCUCUCUUUUUUUAUAUUCGCCUGACUCGUUUUAUUUUCUCUCUUUUCCUUCUUUCUCGUGGUUGUGCUUCUUCUUCUCUUUCUCAUCCCAUUGCAACAUCAGUGAAUGUACCGCCAUCAUCCGGUAGAACGACCCUCAUCCCCUCCACCGCUCGGUGAUCCCAACUACCCCUGGCAUCCACCGCCAUCUUCGACUCAACACCAAGCGUCGCCUAGUGAACCCAGCAGCGUGAACGGGUCACCGACGCCAACCCAGCAGCAAAUGUUUAUCUCGUCGAAUAACCAGACAUACCAACCAUUCCCUGUACACCAUCACUAUCAUACACAAGUUCCUCCAAGGCCAAAACUGUCUACUACGCUAUGGGAGGAUGAAGGCACGUUAUGCUAUCAAGUAGAUGCAAAAGGCAUCUGUGUUGCCAGGCGUCAGGACAAUGACAUGGUCAAUGGCACCAAGCUUUUGAAUGUAGCAGGGAUGUCGAGAGGAAAACGCGAUGGUAUUCUCAAGAAUGAAAAAGGUCGUGUUGUGGUCAAGGUUGGCGCAAUGCAUUUGAAAGGAGUAUGGAUAACGUUUGCUAGAGCUAAAGUGCUAGCUGUACAAUACAAGAUCGCCGAUGCUUUGUAUCCAUUAUUUGUCGACGAUCCCAGUAUGUUCUUGUACCCAGCGAAUGGAGGAGGAGGACCAUCUCGUGUUACCGCUAUCUCGGGUGCAUUUCGUCCAUUUGGUGCGUUCAAUGCUAGCGCUCCUUCCCCAUCCUCUUUACCUGCCCCACCUGGCGGCAAUUGGGAUAGACCAGGCGAUUACUUGAAUCGAGUUUCUACAUCACAAGGAUUUCGUCCUCCCACCUAUUCACAUCAUGACCUGCCGUCAAGUGACGAAAACCUUUAUCUCGAAAACCACCCGCCUCUCGAUUACCGUACCGAUGAUAAUACCGUGGGUGGAAUGGUGAGCCAACAACAGCACCCAUCGCAUGCCUCACACAAUUAUGGACAAAUAUAUUCUCCAUAUCAGCAGCAUUCGCCUGACAGCCCAUUCGUAGACCAGUCUCGAUAUGCACACCAACGUGAAACGUCGCAAGAUAUAAUGCUUGAACAACGUAGGCGUGAUUUCAACAACACUAAUAAUAACUUCCGCCCCCCUCAACCAAGGCAUGUGGAUGAUAUCCCCCCAUUCACUUCACCGAUUCAUAUGCCAUCUGGAAAACCAUCGCAAUUUGAAACAACGGGCGGUGGUGUUUACAAUGACGAGAAUCAUAAUGUGCUAGAAACCGCCGCCUCAUCCAGAUCGUCUUCGCCUGGGUCUCGUCACCAAUUGCAGCAUCAUCAGCAGCAGCAAACUCCUUAUCAACAACAAGCUGUGAGACUGAUUUCUCCUUCGGCUGUCACCAUGUCGCCACCUACCCCACGAGCAGAUAUGCCUUCGCAUUACUUUGAAGAGUCGCCCACAUCCCCUUACCUUCAUCGUCGUGAAAGUGCGAUUUUUGAUACCCCUCAACGUGUGGCUAGUCCACGACACCAUCCGUAUGCCCCUAAAUCAGCAUCUUCUGGAAAAGUAUUUCAACAACCCAGUAUCGCUAAUCGGCUAGAUGAGAAGAAGACUUCAGAAGAAUUGGUUGAACAACAAAUGCCUACUUCAUUAAACAAUCAAAACGCUAUGGAAAACCACCACACUUGGUGAAAGAAAAAAAAAAACAACACAGACUACAACAUCCUUUUCAAACUACUCGACCCAGAAACAAAAAAAAAAAAAAGCAGCAACACACAUACACACACAUACACACACUCUCACACACUCACAUUCACAUUCUGCUUGUUAUAUUGAUUGUCUUUUUCUCUUUUACUGUUGUGUUCUUUCUAUGUUCCUUUCCAUUUCUUUUUUUCCUUUUACAUAUAUUAC